UAAUAUUUAUAAGCUUGUCCGUCUCUUACAUGGAGAUAUAGAUAUAUAACGUAAAUAUAAAUAUAUAUAUAUGAUCUCUUACGUAGAAUUCGUAAUCUGCUCCCGGAAGUGAUCCGCAGUGAAUUGGACAUGCAGUAUCUGCGCCCUCCAGUUACUCCGUCAUGCGUUCGCUUGUUGGUCUUAUUGCUGUAAUAUUGACGGCUACUUUUUACCUUUAUUUACUGUCCUUUUAUAUCCCUCCUGGUCCUCGGCUGCCUAAGCAAGACCCUGAAGGAGAGACGAGAAAAUCUAAUGAUGGAGACACCCCAAGUGAAACGAAGACUGCAGUCUCCAGGUUGAAGUUCCCAUCAGAUCUGGAUGAGCUGAAAGAGAUGGCAGAGCUGUUGCAGUUUUAUAAGACACAGCACACAGGUUAUGUGCUGUUACUCUUCUGCAGUGCCUACCUCUACAAGCAGGCUUUUGCAAUACCGGGUUCCUCUUUCUUAUUGGCUGGUGCUUUGUUCGGGACAUGGUAUGGUCUUCUCCUCACCUGUGUCCUCACCACAGUGGGUGCCACUCUCUGUUUCCUCAUGUCCCAGGCAUUUGGCAAGCAGCACAUUGUGAGACUCUUCCCUGAGAAGGUUGCCAUGCUUCAAAAUAAGGUUGAGGAAAACAGAAGUAGCUUGUUCUUUUUCCUGCUGUUCCUGAGAUUCUUUCCCAUGAGUCCAAACUGGUUCUUAAACAUGACCUCCCCGAUACUGAAUAUUCCCGUCACUCUUUUCUUCAUGGCUGUCUUCAUUGGCCUGAUGCCGUACAACUUCAUCUGCGUCCAGACGGGAUCAAUGCUGUCUCAAAUCUCCACUCUGGACGACUUGUUCUCCUGGAGUGUGGUGUUGAAACUACUGCUUAUUGCCUGUGUUGCUCUGCUGCCUGGAGCUCUGAUCCGUAGAUACAGCACUCGGCAUCUCCACCUGGAUGGUCAUGAAACAAGUGGACUCAGUCAAGACAAGAAAAACAGAUAAGGGACAGUGUGGGGUCAGUGAUUCGAUCCCCCUUGGCUGCUUUGUGGGUGGCUUCUAUUUGUAUUUAAAGUGGCUUUUAAGAGCUCUAAAAUCUUUUUUGUGUCCUCACAUUUUUUAAAAUGCCUUUACUUUAAAGGCUGCUAUGCCUUUACUGGCAUGGAUCGAAAUGUAAGUGAGAAAAAGGGACUUUUUGCUGCCUUUUUGGGAAGUUCUGUAUUUAUAUAUUAUAUUGUUGGUCUUGAAUUCUGAAUCCUGCCUUUAUGUACAAAUCACAGAAAUAUAUAACUAUAUUCAUCUGUCGGUUUUCACUUACUAUACAUACUGUACAUUUAUUCCAGUGCACAUCAGCUGUCCAUAACAGGCUUUUGUGGUUUAAAUGAUGUGAAAUUUUGCAGCAAAAUAUAGACAUUUGAGGUAUUUGAUUCUAUUCUUCUGUAUUUACAGACUGUAAUAUCAUGGCUUUUGGUUGUGGGUUACUGUCUUUUGAAGUUUCACAUCAGCCGUAAAAGUGAC